AUGGUGGGAGGCUGGUUCGUGGAGACGCUACCCUCUCCUCAGACCUCCAGAGGGCCCAGCAGGUCUCCGUCCGACCCCAGCUCCAGCAUGCUCCUCCUGGGCCGCGGCCGGGACUCCUUCCCCCUGUCCAGCCCCUCCCUCCGGAUCUCCACCUCCAUCCCCUCCCUGCCCCAACCCCCCCCUCACCAGACCUCUACCCUUUCCACCCCCCAGUGGGGUGACCCCCUCCUCCUCGAGAAGGCGGGCAGUUGCUCCCCCCGUACCCCUCGCUCCCCCCACUCCUCUGUUUCUUCUCGCUCCCUUCGCUGUCCCCACUCCCCCAGCUCACCCCGCUCCUCACCUCGCUCUUCACCCCGCUCUCCGAGGAGGACUAGAUCCUGUGGGCGAGGUGAGCCCUGUGGGCGAGGUGAGCCCUGUGGGCGAGGUGAGGGCUGUGACUGGAUGAUGAAGAUACUGGCUGGAGGCUCUGGGAGGAUAGGCUCUGUGGCGGAGCUCUGCCAGGGGGCCCUGCAACACGCCAUAGAGGUGGUGUGGGCAGAACGCUGCUCUCUGUCUCUGCUCCGACAGGACCAGGAUGGAUGUAGGGGAUUGGUCCAGGUGGUUUCCCUGACGACGCCGGUCUGCGUGAGGGAAGAGUCUUCCAGCAAACAUGCCCACCAGGAGCUGGUGAAGGGCAUCCUGGGAUAUGUAGUUGCCACAGGGAUGCCCAUGAACAUGACAGGAGACGUCUGUGAGGACCCCAGGUUCACCACAGACGAGGACCAGACAGCAGGUUUCAAACUCAAGAGUGUCCUGAGUGUCCCGAUUAAGAACAGUAGACAGGAGGUGAGCAUCACGGAGACCUCCCAAAUGGUACCCUAUUCCCCUCAGACCAUUCUAGACACCCUAAGUAGUGUUCCCUAA